AUGUUAUCUAGUGAAUAGCAAAAAGUAAUUUUGUUGCUGCAAGGAGGAGAUGAAAGUUAGCUCGAAAAUAUUUAUAAUAAAAAUGAGGAAAAAAGGUCUGGAGAUAGUUAGAAUCCAAUUAUUGGGCAGAGCGAUAAUCAGAAAGGUAGCCGCCUCUCAUUAUCAAACAACUCCAAAAAUAUGAAAUAAUCAGAUUCUUAAUCUAACUUUCAUAAUUUAUUCUUAGAAGAGACAAUAAAUUAAGUAAUGAUAAACGAUAUGCGUAAAACAAAGCAAAGAAAAAAUUAGAAACUCAAUUUCUCUGAUAUGUUUUUUAAAAUUAAGUUCAAAAGUAUGGCAAGGCGACUUUUAAACUCAACUAGAUCGUUUAUGUUUAAGAAUCUAAACAUAAAGCAAUUUAAGUUGAUAGAUGAUAAGUCUUCAAGCUUUGAUAAAGAAAGCUUGAAAAUAUCUACAAAAGCUCAAAAUGUACUUAUAAAAGCUGGCCUAAUUUAAAAUAAUGUAGGUAUGAAAAAGACAAUAACACUCUCUCGCAAUUCAAAAAAAGAAAAACCAAGAGAAGCAUUUCAUUUUUUGAAAUAUGUUAUGUGUUCUUUUUUACAAGGACUAAUUAAAUCUUAUGAUAGAAAAUUUCCAGUUAUCAAUCCAAUAUCUUUAAAUAAAAUAAUAUGGGAUUGCAUAAAUAUUAUACUCAUACUCAUUUAUACAAUUUAAAUUCCUUUGUACAUUACUUUUCCUGAAAAUAAAAACUAAAGCUUCAACUAAUAUAUGAUUUACUUUGUACCUGUUUACCUGUUUAUAGACUUAGUAUAUACUCUAAAUACUGGUACCUAUCAGAAAGGUGUUUUAAUUAAAAAAAGGCUAACCCUUAUCAAUCUCUACCUUAAAAGCAGAAUCAUCCCAACUUUAUUUGCAAUAUUUUCAUUUCUAGUAUAUAUAUUCAUAAUCACAUACACUGAAUAUGAAGUAACAAGGAUUUAUAGGUGGUGUGAUUUUUUAUUAUUCCCCAUUUUUUUGAAGUUAUCUGAUAUCGGUUACAUAGUAAAUAAACUAGAAGAAAACCAAACACUUUCUAAAAAGCUAAGAAAUAUAAUUGCCCUCAUGAAGCUCAUUUUUAAAAUAGUAUAUAUAGGGCAUUUUAUUGCAUGCAUUUGGGCAAUUAUAGCUCAAUUUGAAGAUUUUUAUGGAUAUCAAACAUGGGCAAAGUAUCCAGUCUGGAAUCAAUCUUCAUGGUAUUAAUUAUAUAUUGAUGCAUACUACUUUACAACAGUUACAAUGAUUACUGUGGGAUACGGAGAUAUUAUUCCUGUUACAGGUAUAGAAAAAGCUAUAUGUAUCAUCAUUAUGAUUAUCUCUUGUGGUGUUUUUGCUUAUUCUAUGAAUACAGUUGGUGCUAUUUUAGAAAGCUUUAACGAGGAUUCAGUGAAAUUAAAACAUAAUAUGCAAAUUAUAAAUUAUUACAUGGAAAGAAAAAAUGUUGGUAAAUUGACCAGGGAUCAAAUCAGAGAAUAUCUCUACUAUUAUUGGAAAGAAGAAAAAGAAAGAGAUUAAGAAGGCGAAGAAAAGAUUAUUAACAUACUUUCAGAUAAUUUAAAAAAGAAUUUAUUGAUGGAGUCUAAAAAUGUAGUACUCAAAAAAUCUCCUAUUUUUAGGAACAAUUUUAGCGAAGAAAUUAAAGAAAAGAUAGUUCCUUUAAUUAAAGAAUACAGGUGCUAUCCUGAAGAAGUAAUAUGCUUAGAAGGGUUGCUAGACGAUUGUUCUAUAUAUUUUAUUGAAAAAGGGUCAGUAGAAAUUUACAUCGAAAAUAAAGAAACAUCAUAAUAAAAUGUUAAGUCUAUCUCAUCCAUAGGUAAAGGAUAAUCGUUUGGAGAAACAAGUUUUUUUACAGGUGAAGCAAGAAGAGCUAGUGUUAGAUCUAGAGAGUUUACUACUCUUCUAAUUCUGAAUAGGGCAGAAUUUCUUUAAGUACUUGUGAAUCAUUAAGAAGACUAUGAAAAAUUUUGUGCAAUCAAAGAUAGUUUAAUUUUCUGUGAAAAUUAUCAACUUAUUAAUGUUGAAUGCUUAUCAUGCAAAUCUUAAGGACACUAAAUACUCUAAUGUCCCUACCUUCAUUACACUCCUAAUUUUACAUUCCUUAAAUAGUCUUUUAUGAGGAGUCCAAACUAAGAGUAAAGAAAACUGUAUAUAAGAAAAAUAUUAAAAAGUAAUUCUGUUUUAAACUCACAUGUCGUAACCUAAAAAGCAAUAGAAUAUGAUAAUAAUAACAGCAAUUCAUCAGAUUCUAUUGAAUUCCAAUAUUUGUGUUAAUUUUAUGAGGAGUUAAUGCAAAAAUAAGAAGAAUUCGAAGAUGAUAUUUAAAGGGUCAAAUCAAAAAACGAAGGGAAAUCAAAUUUAGAACUUAGUCCCAUGGUUUAGAUAUCAGAAAAAAGUGAAAAAACUGAUUAAAGCGAUAGCUCUGAUAGUGAGGUUUCUAGUAAUAGUGUUUAAGUAAAAAAAUUAUCUUCUCAAAAAGAAAUUAAUAAUAAGACUUCUGAAGAUGAAGACUCUGAAUUCUAAAAAGGUAAAUAGUAAUUUUUAGAAAGUCCUCUAUAAAUAAACGAAAAUGGUAAUUAUCCUUUGCAGUUAGAUUUAGCAAAUAAAAAGAGAGGUCAAAAUUACCUACUUGAUACUGGAUAAGAUUCACCUAUUAAAGCUAGAAAAGGUUCUAGAUUUGGUUCUAUUCUAGAAAAAUAAAAUACUUCAGAUAGCAUAGAAAGGUCAAAUAACAAAAAGAAAAAUACCUUUUUAAGUAACUUAUCGAAUAACACUAAUGAAAAAAAAUCUACAUUUAUUAGUAACUAGUUCAUCAGGACAGAAACAUUAAAUAGUAGCAACAGUAGCAAUAGCAAAAAGAAAAAAACAGUUAUUGUUAACUAAUUACCAGUUGUUAGAUAGUAAACAAAAAGAAUUACGGCUCUUUUACCAUAAAAAAAUUAAGAAAAUUUCAUGAAAUUCAUUUAGAGAGGAAAUUAAAACGAUGAUGAAAAUAUACCAAAAUAACCUAGACGCUUUGAUAGAAGAAAGUCUAUUAGAAUUCUUGACAAUAAUAACAAAGCAUUCUUGAAUAUUCUAAAUAUCCCAAGUUUUCAUUUAGCAGGUUCAGGAACAUUAGAUUAAAAACGAAGAUUUUCUAAGUUAAAUAGCAAUGAUGUAAAAAUGUUGAAUAACUAAUUCAACUAUAGUAACAAUAAAUAAGAAAUAAUGCUAGUCUCGUCUUAGACUCCAGUAGACUAAGAUGACAAUUGUGAUGAGAAUAAUUAUUUUGAAGAAAAUUUUGAUUGUAUGCACAACUUCAAUUUUUACUUUCCUCUAAAUAAUAUCUCAUAAUAAAUAAAGCUGAUGCAAAUGAGUUAAGCAGAAAGAAAGCAAAUUAUGUUUAGGGCAAUGUACGAUAAUUUGAGUUGCAUGAAAUAAUUUAACUCAGCAACUCAAAAUAGUAUAAGAUAGAGAAAUUUAUCAAUUGUAUACACUGGAAGGAAUAACACCAAGCUUAUCUCUUAAACUAAUAUUGCUAUUGAUUUAGAAGCAAAAGAUAAGCAAAAUAAAAUUAUCGAAAGAAGAAAGAGUAAAUUCUUCACUAACUAAAAAACACUCAUGGUUCAACAGCUAAAUAAGAGAACUUCUUAAACAUCUGAAAAGUUAGAUAAAAUAGGGAAAAAUAAUGAAGUUAACAAAGAAUUUAAUAGUUCAUGUUAAUCAAUAAGCUCUAUAAAUAAGAAUCUUACUUAUAAAUUUUCAAUUAGUAAAAAAUAAACAGAGUAUUUUAAGGAUAACUCUCUUCAACACAAGCUAACUACUUGCACUGUAAUUGAUAAUCAUCAAAACUAAGAAUAAGGAACACUUAUUCACUUAUAAAAUAAAGAUAGAGAUUCAGAUUAAUAAAUACCGCAUAACUAAAAAUAAUUUCUAAUUGAAGAUAACGAAGAAAAUAGCAAAGCGUUAAAAAAUAUAAGAGGCUAGAUUAAAGAACAUAGCUAAUAAAAAUCCUCUUAUGAAAUAAAUUUAAAGGAUUAGAAUUAUGUAGAUGAAGGGGAAUCUGGGGAUCAUAUUAGAACAUCAUUUAACAAUAAAAAAAAUGAGAAUUAAUAAAACAAUGAUAUUUUUUAAACCAAUUCUAUUUUUGUUGACUAAAAUAACACAUUUAUUACAUAAGAUAAUCAUAAUAUGACUAAUAAUUUAAGUAUUAGUUAAUAAAGGUUUAAGAACUAGGACUAACAGCAAAUCACUUUUUUCGAAAAUUCCUUUUAAGAAUACAAUCAAAAUAAUUCAAGAAUUAAAGAGCAAGAUUUAGAUGAUAUUGCCUCUGAUUUUGAAUAGAGUAAGCACAGUAUUAAACAUACAAAUAUUUAUGUGACCUAGAAAAAAUAUUAAUAAAAAAUUUGA